UGUCCGAUAUCCGUGACAUUGAAACUAAGCAAGAAUGAAAUUCCAUUACACGUUAUCAUUAGUAGGAAUUUUUCAAUUCAUUGGUACUGUCUCAAGUGCAGAUUCUGUUGGAGGCUGUAGCCCCACCGCUGUGGAAAAAGGCCUCUAUGCUGAAUACAUCAAAGUGGCAAAUCAUGAAUGGAAGGAGGGUGAUACUACACUGUUAGAAUCUGGCGUUGCUGUAGUUAGCCAAAGAGAGGCAGAAUAUUCAUGGGAAGGCAUAACUCAGCAAGACUUUUUGGUUUCUAAAAAUACCGAUGUCCUAUAUGGCCACGAUGUCACAACGGCUAACUUUGGCUUGAGGCUUACAGGGUAUUUAUAUGCCGAAGCAACUGGAGACUACACCAUAGCAGUCACAUAUGCUGAUGAUGCAGCUUCGUUGUCAAUCGGGGCUGGAGUUGCUAUGGAAUGUUGUGGAUCGACUCAAUCCCCAGCUAAUGUCACUGAAUUUGCACACUGGUAUGGUCAUCUUGAAAGUACAUCAGUCUCGAAGACAGUUUCCCUCACCGCAGGAGUCUAUUAUCCUAUCAAGGUCGUUUACUUCAAUGUUGAAGAUGGUGGCGAAUUUAAUAUGUCCGUCACCUAUCCUGAUGGAACAGCUCACACAACUGACAUUAACUGGUACAGCUCAACUGACAAUAGCACAUCUUGUCCU